CUAUUUGUAAUUGUGCCAUUAAAAUUUUAUAAAAAUUAGAACCGUGCCACUCCCGUCGCAUUUUCUAUCCUUUUCCGUCUUCUCCCGUUCUCCGUCGCAGCGCGCCGCACGCAGCGCCGCCGCAACCUCGGUCAGCCGCCGCACGCGGCUGCGGCCGGCGGCCUUGGUCGAGGAACCCCACGGCCCCUCCACCAUCCUCACGACCUCAUCCCCACGCACCACUGGCGCCGGCUUGCUCGAGUUCGCCGCGGACUGGACUGAGGAGGAGACCGACGCCGCUGGCGAGUUUUGGACGUGCGGAUAGGCGGCGGGACCAGGAGAGCCGGCCUCCUAGCGGCGGCGGCGGCGGAGGAGGAGGCAAGGCGUUGGUGCGGUCGCAGACCCCGUGCCGCCGCUGCGGCUACUGCUGCUGCUGCUGCGGCUCCGGUCCUGCGCGCCCCCCGCGCCGCCGCGGCGACGCCGCCGCCGGCUGCGCCGACGCGUGAAGCCGCGUGGACGCCGUGCUUGCCACCGCCGCCGCGGUUGCGGUCGGCUGCUGCUGCUGGACCACCCACGGCUUCGCGCCGAUGGGUACAGCGCUGCCGCUGCGGCCGACGCCAACGCCGGCUGCGCCGACACCGUGCUCGCCGCCGCUGCCGUCAUAGACGUGCUCAACUUCGUCCAGGCAUGACCGGCGGCGUGAUGCGGAUGAAGCUGGGCGACGGUGGCGCGGCCCGACGAGGGCGCGGCGAGGUCGGGCGGCGACGCGACCUUGCGGUGGCCGGCGAGGUGCGGAUGGCGGCGGGGCGUGGCCACGCGGUUGCGGCGCGGCCCUGCGGUGGCCGGCGAGCCACGGAUGGCGGCGGGGCGCGGCCACGCGGUGGCGCCGCGGCCCUACGGUGGCCGGCGAGGAGCGGCGUAGCAAGCCGAGGACGGCUCGGUGCGGCAUGGCUCGGUGGUCGGGCGCCCCCGCGGUUGGCGCGAGGCGGAUGGCCGGCGCCCUAGGCGGUCAACGACGCGAUGGUCGGCGGCGCGGCAGCCGAGCGCAUGCGUGACGGCGGCGGCCGACGUUGCCUCUCCUGCUUUUCCCCUGUUCAUUUUCUUGUUCUUCUUCGACCAGCCAAAAACGAGACGAAGACGGCAGAUAGAAGGGAGGAGACGGCAAACGUGACGGUAGUAGGACGGUUUUAAUUUUGUAAAAUUUCAACGGUAUUUUUCUGAAUAGCCAAAGUUACAGUAGCAUGGAUUAAAUUAAGAAAAAAUUAUAACCAUGCCAUUAUAAUUUUACAAAAUUUGAGAUAUGCCAUCCUGACCCACAUGUCAUUGACUCAUGUGGGUUAUUGAGAUACCGAUGGUAUAUCUCAAACUUUGAAAAAUUAUAAUGGCAUGGUUACAAAUUACCCUUAAAUUAACCCAAUUAUUUUUAGCGAAUCCGUUUAUUUUCUGGUGGCGCCAAUCCUUUUUUUUUUUCGCCCGCGUCUUUUUCCCCACUCUCGCGCCGUCGUCUUCUUUCUCUCGCUAGCUACGAAGUCCACCCGAAGAAGUCGCCGUGCGCCGUCUCCCUCCUCCGUGCAGGCCCUCGCCUCCCCUCGGCGGGGCCAAGGGCGCAGCUUCCCUCCGCCCAGAUCGGCACGGUGGCCCUCCACCCCGUGCGGCGGAGUCCCCGUCGACGUAGGGCGUCGCCGGCCGGUCCUCCGUCCAGGGCAGCGCCGGCCACCUCAGCUGUCCAGUGUCUUCCGAAUCCAGGGCCAAAGGUUCUGCUUGCUUCCCCUCAAUCCAACAUCUAUUCCUCCCCGACGUGAACGUCGCCGGUUUCCCUCUGGCCAAGUACUGAAGUCUGAAGAUCUGUUUCAUCCACCCUCCUAUUUUUUUUUUCUAAUAAUGGAACGGGUAAUGGAAUGUGAUUACCCGGCUUCAAAGAAGAACAAAGUGGUUCAUCCAAUGGAUUGCGAGAUGAAGGAAGAGCCAACCAAUGCAGCAAGCAUGAAUCAGCAUUCUCUCUGGAGCCAGUGGCAGCUCCUGGAUUCCAUCCUCCCAACUGGCGGGUUCGCGCAUUCGUAUGGCCUUGAGGCCGCAAUGCAAUCCCGCAUGGUGAACAACCCAGAGGAGUUGAGGUCAUUUGUUGUCCAGGUCUUGGAGAACACUGGCAGCCUGUUGCUUCCAUUUGUGUGCUGCGCUAACAAGUCUCCUGAUGCCGCAACGUGGGUGAAGCUCGAUCAGUUGCUGGAAGCUAUGUUGACGAAUGAAGUUAGCAGGAAGGCCUCGAUGUCGCAAGGCUCGGCUCUUCUGAGAGUUGCUGCUUCUGUAUUCACUGAGAUUCAGUCGCUGCAGGAUCUUCGACAAACAUUCCUUGGUUCCAAGAUUGUGUCGUUUCACCAUGCACCGAUAUUUGGGUUGAUAUGCGGGCUGGUUGGAUUCGACAGCGAGACAACGCAGCGUGCCUACAUGUUCGUCACAAUGAGGGACGUGAUCUCUGCUGCGACGAGGCUCAAUUUGAUCGGGCCGCUAGCUGCUUCGGUUCUGCAGCACCAGGUUGCGGAAGAUGCUGAAAGGAUGGUGCAGAAGUGGAAGGAUCGCGGUGUCGAAGAAGCAACGCAGACAUCACCUCUGCUUGAUGCGUUGCAGGGUUGCCAUGCUUACAUGUUCUCUAGGCUGUUUUGCACCUGACAAGGAGAUUGCUAACUGCAAUUCGCUGUAACUCAGCCCACGGUUUACACUUUUACCCUGGACGGUUGGAGGCAGCAGAGGACCACUACAUUCUGUUAAAUAAAAAGACACCAGAAGAUCACAAGCAUCACAAGGACAGAUUCUCUUGGUUGAUUCUUAUUUUAUUUCCAAGCAAGAUUGUACAUCAGCAAUGCCAACAGUAGGUUACAUUCUUUCUCCAGGUUGAUUAUUAUUUUAUUUCCAAGCAAGAUUGUACAGCAGCAAUGCCAACACUAGGUUACAUUCUUGUAUGUGAUCCAUGUCUAUUAUCUAUUACAGUGAUUGUACCAUCAUUUGUCUUCAGCUUCCACAAAUUACAACAUCAACUUGCAUGACACAUAUCACAAAGCAGUGAAAGCACAUCUUUUUUCUUCUGCUCCAUAAUACAAAUACACUGGUUACAUCUGUUGCUCCAGGCCUCCAGUUCCUACCUAGGAUCCUUGAACUGUAGGGGCUUGCUUGGCUUCAAGGGAUUUCUCAUACUCCUCAAUGGACUUGAACAGCUCCGAGAAGUUGCCCUUCCCAAACCCGCCGCAGCCGCCCUUCUGGUACUCCUGCCCACUCUCAUCCUUCUCCAUG